AUUCGCAAGAGCUACGUGGUCGUAAAGGGAUUUUAAAAAAGCGUUCUGUCGUUUGCUGUUCUUGUGUGUGUGUGUGUGCUGAAAUGUAACCUUGUGCCCUACUUGUGAACUCGUCUGUCAAACUUUUGCUAACUCAUUCCGCAAGCGGGACAUUUACGAAGCGGCGCUUGCUUUGUUUGCAUACGAAGCGGACGGCUUCCAUAUAAAAGCGUCUUUCGACACGAUAGUGUGAGUUUGUGAGUUUAACUCGGCGAUAGUCGCUCUCGUUAGCAGCAGUUAGCCGCGCUAUGCUAAGCGGUGGGCGUGGCCAAACUCAAGUUUCCUUGACAACAGCGCGGAAGUUUGCGCUCAUUUGACCAACCCUAAAAGACAAGUACGACCGCUUGUAAUGCGGGUGUGUCACAUGCUUGACACUGACAUGUGUCACGUCUUCCGAACAGUACUGCGGCACAAGACUUGACCGGGUGGUAUUUCCGGAAACUUCUGCCUUUUGUAUUUGGAGACACUCAACGGAGGAGAGUGAGGCACAGGAGCGAGCGUUGGCAGCAUGGCCACCGACCAGGAACCCCCGUUCAGCGUCAAGCUGGCCCAGCUGCUGCUGCUCUCCACCUACUGGGGAAUGCAGAUAUGGGUCACCUUCAUUUCAAGUUUUGUGAUGGACAACCACCUGAACAGGCACACGUACGGCUUCAUUCAGAGCCGCCUGGUCCCCUUCUACCUUCACCUGGGCUCGGCUUGCGCCUUCUUCAACCUCACAAUCUUCGCAGUGUACCAUCCCAGCGACCUGCUCGACGAGCGAGAGGCCUUCCAAAUCUUCAUCUUCUUCGUGUCGGUGACGGUGGCGGCGAUCAACGCCCAGUGGUUCGGCCAGAUGACGUCGGAGAUCAUGGCCGACAUGCACCUGGUGGAGCAGGCGUGCGGCCUGGGCCAGGACAUCGGCCUGUCGUCCAACCGCGAGGCCUACGCCAAGCUGUGCCAGACCGACGCCAAGUACCGCCACCUGAGCGGGCGCCUGCGCCUCUACCGGCUGCUUUCGUCCCUCUGCAACGUGUGCUGCGUGGCCUGCAACUUCUACAGCCUCAGCUACAUGGCUGAAAACCUCAGCACGCUGUAAGAAGCGGCCCCAAGUUGUCUAUUUCAUACCUCCUUUUCUCACCGUACCUUUACGUGUUCACGCGCCAGCUCGAGUCUUCGUAGACAAAACGGCGAAACACUCCCCCCCCCCCCCCCCCCCCGAGUGCUGCAAUUGGGACCCGAACCAAAAAUGUUCCCUGGGAAAUUGGCGGCCUUCGCAGAAGCGUACCCGGUGAUGGCAAAGUCGAGAUUUGGUUGCAUAAGUGUGCACACCCGUUAAAAGGAAGUGGCACCGUGUUCAAAAUGAACCAAUCACAUUCAAAUUUAUGUUCAAGGAGCUUGAGCUCACACCUGCCGCCAUUUUCUGUACGAGCUGAUUUCGUAAGCUUUUACUGAGAUUUUAUUUUUAUUUUAAGCAAUAGCGUUACGCUUUCAUGCCAACAUUGACUGUUAUUUAGACCGGUUCAUCCCUCGUCUUACCUUGACUAAGGCCCCAGUUUCAGUUGAAGAAAAACAGCCGUAGUUAACGUUAAAAUAUUUUCUCCAUGAAAAUGACUUCAUAAAAUUACAACUACUUAGAAGUCAAAGACGGAGGGUUUAGCGUACUUUCAAAACUGGAAUGUGUCAGUCAGCCGUAAGCUUUGUGAGAAGCAAUUUUGCCUUUUGAACAAGAGUGUCGUCGCCGUGAACACAUGCUGCUCAGUCCUGCUUCUCCUGUUUGGGCGCAACUGACAACCGACAAGCUGAGCAUGUUUUUCUUUCUUUCCUUCGCUGCCGCUUUAGUUUGAAGUUGAGGAUAAUUUUCCAAUUUGAAGUAUUAACUUUUUUUUUUUUAAGUAAGUAAAAGUAAUUUGCAUACUCACCGUUAAUUUUGAUGACAGGUGUGCCAUGGCAUCAAAUCUCUUCACUGCUUAUUUUUUUUUUUCCCGUUUGUAUUCCGUUCUCUGAUGCGGAUUUAUUGCCGCUCUAGCCAUGUUGCACUUAGCAGCGAGGGAGCAGAUAAAAGCAUUGCUCAAACCACCGAGUCCAAUAUACGGUUCCGUCAUCACGAUUACUCUUCUGUGAAAGCGACAUUCAAGAAAAUAGAAAGGCAGUAAAAUCCCAAGAUAUCUUGUGUGAUAUCAUCAGAGACGUGCGUGCCCCUAACACUACAUCACAAAGUCAAUUUGUGCUUUUUGUGGGGAAUCAUCACACUUCUUUCGGCCGCAUCAUAAACGAUACAAAACACG